CAUCGGCUGCAGAAGAAGGGUAUAAUGGGAUUUAAGAAAACGUGAAUUUGAGGGGAGAAACUGAGGGACUCACUUGUUUUCCGCUUGUAGAUCGAUCUAUCACUGUAUUCCUACUUUUUUUCUUUCUUUCAUCACUGAAUUCCUACUUUUUUCUGGGAUCGACCCUCGGUUAGGGUUUCAAAGAUGACGACCAUGGAGAGCUUGAUCGGCAUGGUCAAUAGGAUUCAGAGAGCGUGCACUGUUCUGGGGGACCACGGCGGCGCCGACAGUGCAUUGCCUACUCUCUGGGAGGCGCUUCCGUCCGUGGCCGUCGUCGGUGGACAGAGCUCGGGAAAAUCGUCGGUACUGGAGAGCAUCGUUGGGCGAGAUUUUCUUCCCCGUGGAUCUGGGAUUGUAACAAGGCGACCAUUGGUGCUUCAGCUGCACAAGACGGAGGAUGGGCAGCAGGAGUACGCUGAGUUCCUUCACUUGCCCAAAAGGAAAUUUAAUGAUUUCAGUCUUGUGCGCAAAGAAAUUGCUGAUGAUACAGAGAGAAUAACUGGGAGAUCCAAACAAAUAUCUCCUGUUCCCAUCCAUCUUAGUAUUUAUUCACCCAACGUUGUAAAUUUGACGCUCAUUGAUCUACCUGGUCUAACUAAGGUUGCUGUAGAGGGACAGCCUGACAGUAUUGUUCAGGAUAUUGAAAAUAUGGUCCGUUCAUAUGUUGAGAAGCCCAACUGUAUUAUUUUGGCAAUAUCUCCUGCCAAUCAAGAUAUUGCAACGUCAGAUGCCAUUAAACUUGCUAGGGAAGUGGAUCCUUCUGGUGAAAGGACAUUUGGAGUUUUGACAAAGCUAGAUUUGAUGGAUAAAGGAACAAAUGCGCUUGAUGUCCUAGAAGGGCGAUCUUACAGGCUGCAACAUCCUUGGGUUGGAAUUGUUAAUCGUUCACAGGCAGAUAUAAAUAAGAAUGUUGACAUGAUAGCUGCUCGGCAGAAAGAAAGAGAUUAUUUUGCUACUAGUCUAGACUAUUCUCAUUUAUCCAGUAAAAUGGGAUCGGAAUAUCUUGCUAAACUUCUUUCAAAGCAUUUAGAGUCUGUAAUCAGAGCUCGAAUUCCUAGCAUUACAUCAUUGAUAAGCAAGACCAUUGAAGAACUUGAAUCAGAGAUGGACCAUCUUGGUCGACCCAUUGCUGUUGAUGCAGGGGCUCAGUUAUACACUAUAUUGGAACUCUGCCGUGCCUUUGACAAGAUAUUCAAAGAGCAUCUAGAUGGAGGGCGUCCAGGUGGAGAUAGAAUCUAUGGUGUUUUUGACAAUCAGCUUCCUAUGGCAUUGAAGAAACUCCCAUUCGACAGGCAUCUCUCUGUGCAGAAUGUCAAGAAAGUGGUCUCAGAAGCUGAUGGGUAUCAGCCCCAUCUGAUCGCUCCUGAGCAAGGUUAUCGCCGUCUUAUUGAAGGUGCUCUCAGUUACUUUAGAGGUCCGGCCGAAGCAUCUGUGGAUGCUGUCCACUUGGUUUUAAAAGAUUUGGUCAGGAAAUCUAUAGGAGAGACUCAGGAACUGAAAAGGUUUCCGACUCUCCAAUCUGAAAUAGCAGCUGCUUCCUAUCAAUCAUUGGAAAGAUUCAGAGAAGAUGGAAAGAAGACGGUGGCUCGCUUGGUUGACAUGGAAGCAUCAUAUUUAACCGUCGAAUUCUUCCGCAACCUCCCACAGGAAGUCGAUAAAGGAGGCAAUACCGCCAGCUCUACAGUGGAUCGAUAUACGGAAGGACAUUUCAGGAGAAUUGCUUCGAAUGUUUCCUCUUAUAUAGGGAUGGUGUCUGAAACACUUCGACUCUCUAUCCCAAAGGCUGCCGUGCAUUGCCAAGUCCGAGAAGCUAAGCGAUCCUUGCUCAAUCUUUUUUACACACAAGUGGGGAGGAAAGAGGGGAAGCAGCUUGGGCUGCUGUUGGAUGAGGAUCCUGCAUUGAUGGAGCGCAGAGUACAGUGUGCAAAGAGGCUUGAAUUGUACAAAUCUGCUAGGGAUGAGAUUGAAGCAGUUUCUUGGGCUAGAUGAGGUUGAAAUAUUGUUAUUGUUUGUCUGAUGUAUAAAAGCUUGUGAAAUACACCGCGUUGUGUUGUUUUUUUGCCAUCACUGCUUUGUAGUUCAACUUGCCUGCCAAGUCUUAUAUUCUUUUUGUGCAAAUUCUUGGGGCUUAUUUGGUUGCUAUAUAUUUUAUUGAAUCAUAAUUUUUUA